AUGAGUGAAAACUUUAAAUUAGUACCGUUGUCUGGUGCUAGAAGUGAUAUAUGGCAACAUUUUGGUUUUAAAGUUAAUGAAAAGGGGAUUAUAUUAAAUAAAAAUCAAGUUUUUUGUAAAAAGUGCAAAUGUGCUGUUGGUUAUAGUGGAAAUACGACUAAUCUCAAAUCACAUUUUCAGCAAUGUACAAGUACAAAACCAAGUACGUCUAACACUUUAAUUCCAUAUUUUAAGCAAACUCCAUCAAAAUUAUCAAACAAAACUAAACGAGCUAAGGAACUAACAAAAAGCCUAGUGAAAUUUGUUAUUAAAGAUUUAAGACCUCUGAGUAUUAUAGAAGGGGAAGGUUUUCUUGAAUUUAUGGAAAUAGCCGUACCUGAGUAUUCUGUUCCUUGUAAACAAACAAUAACAAGACUUGUUGAACAGACUGCACUAAAUGAAAGAGAAAUUUAA